GCUGAUGGCGAACGAACGAAGCGGCCGAUCAUUUUCGUAGCACAUAGCCUCGGCGGCAUCAUCUGCAAAACGGCCUUGUUGUUGUUGUACUCGGAAGGGGCGCGUGCCUGGGAAACGAAAGCAGCCAGAUCGGUAGCCGAGUCAACACUGGGGAUCAUGUUCUUUUGGCACGCCACACACGGGGUUGCCUCAGGCCCAGUGGGCAACAAUAUUGCUGUCAGCAGUAUCCAACGUCAGGGAAGUGAAUGCUGGUCUAGUUGCUCAACUACACAAGAACAACCCAGGCUUGUUGGACCCUCAGGAUAAGUUCUAUGGCUUCCUUAGCUACAGCAAAGAAUGUAGGAGGCCCAUCGCAGUUGGCUGUUGCUACGAAGAGAGACCCCUUGUCGGUGCAGGAGAGAUCAGGCAGCCACCCUGGCGCUUUGCACUGCGUAUGCUAACAAGGGUCGUGCAGAUUGUACCUGAUGCAUCAGCCAAAAUGGUUGGUUACUCGGAGAUUCAGAUCCGUUCGGAUCACAGAAACAUGGUCAAAUUUCCAGACAAGGCAUUUGUCGGUUGUGACAGAAUGUUGAGUUCCCUGAAAGCAUGG